GUCGGAGUGAGAGAGAGACGCUCCUCCCCUGCAGGCUGCUCAGCUGAAGCGCGUCUCUCCAUCCUCAGCAGCAGUUUCAGCUCCAUGGGGACACACCGCCGCACUUUACACACUGCUGAUCACUUCUGAGCGACUGCUGCUUGUUUUCAUGACUUUGUGGCGCAGCGAUCUUUCUCUGGAGAGGAUUAUAAAGCAUCAGAAAUCAAUGGAUUAGCACUGAGUGUGUAGGAUUAUCAAUACUGCAGUGAAGCUUUUUUUUAUUUUAUUGGAUGUUCAUGAGGACUCUGUCCAUGUCUUCUGUCGGAUGAUGGCUCAGGGAGUCUCCGUCAUUCCACUGUUUGGCAUUGUUCUGAAAAUCAGUUUCGUUGCAGCUAUUGAACUUCGGUUUAUGUCCGAUCCACCAACGCUGAACAGCUAUGGCAUCCACAGGAUGAACAGAUCUGACAACCUGGAACUAACAUGCAGAGGUCGGCAGUACCUGAGGUGGACGACCCCUCCCACCAGCGCUCGCUUCUCCACCAGUGACUGCAGUGGAUCGGGACUCUUCUGCACAACCCUGCGCAUCUCUAACGCAACUGUCAAUGAAACUGGACAGUACCAGUGCUCCUACAGAGACCUGAAAGUGGAAGACGGCAAGACUUCAGUAGCAGCUUAUGUGUUUGUCCACGAUUACAAGGUGCCAUUUGUGCCGUCUGAGAAAGAAUUCGAGGUGGUGUUCAUCCGUGAGGGAGAGAGGGUGGUGAUUCCAUGCCGAGGCUCGGUGGAGAAUCUCAACGUUACGCUUCAUACUAAGUAUCCAAAUAAGGAGCUUCAUCCCGAUGGGAAGGACUCUCUGUGGGACGCCAGGACGGGUUUCACUGUUCCCAGUCAUGUGAUCAGCUACGCCGGCGUCGUGUCCUGCCAUACUCGGAUUGGAAAUGAGACCUUUACGUCCCCUCUGUACAUUGUUGCUGUUGUUGGAUACAAGAUCUAUGAACUCACCCUGACCUCCCCGACACUGAGGCUGUCUGUGGGGGAGCGGCUGGUGCUCAGCUGCACUGCCAAAACCGAGCUCAACGUGGGCAUCGAAUUCAACUGGACUCACUCCGGUCAGGCCCUGACCUCGGUGAAUGGUUCGAGGCCGACCCACGCGACACCCCACAAGAAGAAGCUGUGGAACUCCCUGGAGCUGUCCAACACACUCAUAGUGGAGAACGUGACAGUCGAGCACUCUGGAGAAUACACCUGCACUGCAUCCAGUGGGCAGAUGGAGAAAAGUGCCUCAGCUGUUCUUAAAGUGUAUGAAAAACCUUUCCUCCAUAUGAAAGAGCCGUGGAUGAAGGAUUGGGAGGUAAUUGUGGGAGAUCUAACAUCGAUCCCUGUCAAGUACUCCGCCUACCCAGAGCCCAGCUUUAAAUGGUUAAAGAAUGGCCAACCACUGAAGGAUGACUACAGAGUAAAGCAGAGAAGUGAUGCCCUCAUCCUCCGCAGAGUCACAGAAAUGGAUGCAGGGAAUUACACAAUGAUCCUGACCAAUAAGAUUACCAAAGAGGAACAGAGACGCUUUUUCCAGCUGCUGGUCAAUGUGCCUCCUCAUAUCAUUGAGAAGGAGGUGGCGGUGGACACUGAUGUGUACCUGUACGGCAGCAGCCCCACCCUAAGGUGCACCGCCCGUGGAUUUCCCAUACCCACACACAUCCAUUGGCAGUGGAUGUCUAAAGAGGACUGUCCACAGGCCUUCCUGUCAGGGCUGAUCAAGUCUGAGGCACAGCUAGCGGAGUGUAAAGGUUGGCGGGAUAUCAGCAAUAGCACCGGUUACCACCCCGUAGAACGAAUUAUGAGCGACUCUGAGCAAGCCCAAAAGAAAAUUGCGAGCUCUUUGAAGAUUCAGAAAGCUGAAGCCCCUGCCUUCUUCAGAUGCAUGGCUGCCAACAAAGUAGGGGAGGAUACACGCAUCAUCUUUUUCCACGUCACACGUGGCCUUGAGGUGAGCGUGUCUCCUUCCAAUGAGCCCUUAGAGGAGGACGACGUGGUUCUGCGCUGUAAGGCGGACAAGCUGAUCUACGGCAACCUGACCUGGUUCAGCGUGAGCAACAUCUCCGAGUCGGAGCAGAUUGCGUCGGUGCAGCCCUGUCGCCCGUGGUGGAAUAUAACUGUACUUAAGGAACAUUUGGAGCAGAGGCCCCAGUCGCAUGUAUUGCUGUCCAGCCUGCAGGCCACCAACGUGACCCUGGAGCUGUCGCUGCCCAACGCCUCCCCUAAGGAUGAGGGUCUGUAUGCAUGUCGGGUGGAAAACAUCAAGACUCGGGAGAAAACCUGCCUGCUACGCCGUCUUUCUCUCAAAGGUCUUGAGGCUGCAUGGAUCCUUAAUAAUAUCACCGAUCAAAAAGUUAAUGUGAGUGCUACGAUCAGUCUCCUCUGUGAUGCGGCUGGGAUGCCGAACCCAAAGGUGGUGUGGACCAAAAACAACCACACUGUGGUGGAGGGCUCAGGCGUGAUUCUGAGUCAGGACAGCCACCUUCUGACAAUUCAGCGUGUGAAGAAGGAGGACAGCGGUCUGUACAGCUGCACUGCAUGUAACAGCCAAGGCUGUGACACCUCACAGGCCUAUUUGACUACUGAAGGUGCAGAGGAAAAGACUAAUGUGGAACUGAUUGUUCCUAUCGGGUCGGUGGUCAUCGCCAUGUUUUUCUGGUUGCUGAUCGUCUUUGUCAUCCGUGGAAGAAAGAGACCAAGUGGUGGGGAUCUGAAGACGGGCUACCUGUCCAUGAUCCUGGACUCAGAAGACAUGCCCAUGGACGAGCAAUGUGAAAGGCUGACGUACGACGCUAACAAAUGGGAGUUUCCUCGGGACAGGCUGAAGCUGGGUGACCCUCUGGGACGAGGAGCGUUUGGUCAGGUGGUAGAAGCGGCCGCCUUUGGCAUCGAGAAAGCUACCACGUGCACCACCGUUGCAGUCAAGAUGCUUAAGGAGGGAGCCACGUCGAGUGAGUACCGUGCCUUGAUGUCAGAGCUGAAAAUUCUCAUUCAUAUUGGACAUCAUCUCAACGUCGUCAACCUGCUGGGAGCCUGUACAAAGCCUGGAUGGCCACUGAUGGUGAUUGUGGAGUACUGUAAAAAUGGAAACCUCUCCAGCUACCUGAAGAGCAAGCGCGGAGAAUACAGCCCCUACAAGAGGAUGCGGGUGGAUAGCCAGAAGUGGGCGUCAGCAGAGGAGGAUGUCACCGAAGGCGAUCUGGGCCUGGGGAAGAUCGCCCAGCUGGACAUCUGCACAGGGUCGGUCGUCUGCUCCAGGGCUUCAGGCAGCAGCGUGGACACUCAGAAAGAGAGCUCAGACGACGACCAUCUGACCAUGGAGGACCUGAUAUGCUACAGCUUCCAGGUGGCUAAAGGCAUGGAGUUUCUGUCCUCCCGCAAGUGUAUCCACAGAGAUCUAGCAGCCAGAAACAUCCUGCUGUCAGAGAAUAAUGUGGUGAAGAUCUGCGACUUUGGCCUCGCUAGAGAUGUCUACAAAGACCCUGACUAUGUCCGCAAGGGAGACGCACGUCUUCCUCUAAAAUGGAUGGCUCCUGAGACCAUCUUCGAUCGGGUGUACACCACACAAAGUGAUGUUUGGUCCUUUGGGGUUCUUCUCUGGGAGAUCUUUUCUCUGGGGGCUUCUCCAUAUCCGGGUGUUUGCAUCGACGAGUUAUUCUGCAGGAGGCUUAAGGAAGGCACCCGGAUGAGACCCCCAGAAUACGCCACCACUGAGAUAUACCAGACCAUGUUGGACUGCUGGCUGGAACGUCCCACAGACAGGCCAACAUUCGCAGAGAUGGUCGAACAUAUGGGCAACCUGCUACAGGCCAGCGCUCGACGGGAUGGGAAGGACUACAUCCCUCUGACAUUAGGCAGCAAGGCAGAAGAAUCUCCAGUGACCCCUGACCCCAGGAGCCCCUACAGCAGGCCCCAAAGUGAGGAAGUCCUGGAGGCUCAGCUCCACUAUGACAACCCGCCGUCUCUUGGACUGUCCCAACAGAGUGAGAGGUGCAGUCGGCCCCUCAGUGUGAAGACGUUUGACGACAUCCCCGUUGCGCGCAGCAGCAUCAUGGAGGGUCACACAGACAGUAUGGGCUUCUCACCAGAGGAGGUAAAGGGUUUGAAUCAACAGCUGGCAACUACGCCCAACUUCAGCCAGCUGCUGCGCUGUAAGAGUAAAGAGUCUCUGGCCUCGGAGUCAUCCAAUCAGACGAGUGGAUACCAGUCAGGGUAUCACUCCGACGACACAGACACCCCGAUCUAUGCCAACGAGGAGAUGAUCAUGAAGCACAACAUGCUGAAGAAGCCCCCGCUGCCCAAGACGCCUGACAAAUUCAACGCGGAGAUCCGCUACAGCACGCCACCUGUCUGACCCCCAACAACUUAACCCUGAGUCUUUUCACUGUACAGUGUUCGUUUACCUUCCACAGGUAUUACAUUUUUAGGAACAAUGACAACAUUGAGAUAUUUUUAAAAACUUGAUAAGUCAACUGGGAAAAAUGAAGGUUGUAUGAUAAGUUUGUGAGUAGCUCUCUUUGGACAGCCGGAGGAAUGCUUUCAUGUUUACUCAUCGAGUAAAAGGUCUGGGAAGCCGAAACACAAGGACUCGCCUACUUCCUGAGGCACAAUCCACCCAUUUCCUCUAUUGCAGGAAAUGACAUCUGGAAUUUUUAGAUAAUUGAAAUGAGCAAAUAUUUUCUUUCUUUCUUAUUCUCAUUUUUGUUUUACAUUUUUGUUGUUGUGUUGGCACAUUUAAUGAUUGGUAAGGAGGCAGUUCUCACAGAUCAGAACAGUGUUUCUGUAGAGUCACAUUUGUACAGUUCCUUUAUGCAUAUAACUUACAUUAUUUUAUUGAAAGUGUAUUACUAAACCUGCAAUAAAUGUAACUAGUUUUAUAAAAUAAAAAUACUCACAGAUUAAGA